GUCAAGGUAUUUGCUGACACUGUCAGACCAUGGCUGUGAUCAGACAUCUAAACUCUGAACCCUGAAGCAGGUGUAUGGACUUGUCCUCAGCUGUAUGCAUGUACAGAGCUGCACACUACCGUGCUGCCAUGGAACCAUGAGCUCUCUUUUGUCUUGCCUCUUCUCCAGCUCUUCCCGCUGGCUGAUGACGCUUCAACCUUCCCAUGCACUGGCCUCGAGUUCGGAUGAUCCUCAUGAGCGGAGAGGUGGGAGGGGACGGACAGGAUAGCAGACAAGAAAAACAAGACUCCAGUUCUGAGGACCACAGCCUCAGAGAGGACUACAUGAGGCCUCGCUUUGGCUCUGACCAGGAACCGUCUCAGGGCAGCGCGGAGUCGUCCCCAGGACAUCUGAUGCAGGGUCGGCAGUGGUGCAGAUGGUUACUUUGCUGUCGAGAAGGCCCACCACUCAGCCCUGUCAAGCCUAGUUCUGUACCUGACAGAGAGUGUGCUGGUGGGGAAGAGAGUUAGCGCCUUGUCUGUUGGUCUAGCCUGUCUCACCUCCUGUGCCGAUCUCGCUCCCUCCCUUCUGCCUUCUCUCUCCCCCUACCUUCCCUUCACUGUCCACCCAGACCCCAAGCUCAAGAGUCGGUCUGCUAAGCUGCUGGCUGUGCUGCUGAGAGCACUUCUUAGGGAGAGUCGCGGGGAGGCAUCUUCACCGCUGGUAUCCGAGGCUGCCGCAGCACUGCACAGUGUCCUAACUGACAGUUCUCCAGUCGUACUAAAGGCCGUUUGCGAGAGUCUGCGUAUAUGUCUCCCUUCUCUGGCUGCUUCCUCCCAACCCAAGCUUGCUGUGGAGUUGGUGGAGCCUCUGUUAGCUGCUGCUUCUUCCUCGUCCUACUGGCUUGCCAAAGUGGAGCUGCUCCGCACGCUGGCCUGUCUUCCUCUCACAGCUCUGGCACUCUCCCUCCCCUCUCUCCCACACUCCCUCCUCUCCCUCUGUGUGUUUCCACUCCUGGGAGACACAGAUCACAGAGUCAGAACUGCAGCUGCUGAGGCUGUUUCUCUCUUAGUUCCCAGCUUGCAGCUGACCUCUGACCAAGUCCUUGCCCACGCUCAUUGGGAGGUGUCCCGCGAGUUCCCUCCGCUACACAGCUCCACACCACAGCUGUCCCUUGCCUCUGUUGGCAUGCACAGCUGCAAGAUCACUCCACCCAACCCCUCUGGGUUUGCAGCACUUCCUCUUGGUUCUUGGUCUGUAACAUCAGUUCUUCAGAGAACCAUUCCUGCAGCGAGGCUGUCUGGAGGCUCUGCACAUGUUGUGUUCCGUCUUUCCUCCUGCCAGCAUGCCUCAGGCCUGGGGCUGUGACUGCCACAUUCCCUCUCUCCUACCCACGACUCUUUCUCUGCUUACAGCAUCCCAGCUGGCCUGGACUGUCCAGGGGCAGCAGCAACUGCUUGAUGUUAGCUCCUCUCUCUUCCUCUCCUGCUCGCUGUCAGCUAUGGAUCGACUGGUUCAGAGUGGCCAGCCCCCGUCCUCCUCUCUCCUGGGCAGCAUUAGGUGACUCUGAGCUUUCAGCUCAUGCGGCAGUUCUUCUCCGACAUGUGGGGAGGCUGUUGGCUGUGUUUGUCCAUGUGCUAGAGGGCAGGGAGCCGGAGACAAGAGAAACAAAGAGGAUGGCAGCUGUGUCUCCCAAGAAGGCUGCGAUGAGAGAUUCAUCUCCAUUCGCAGCAGUCCUGCUAAGCCAAGGUCAUCAUUGAGAAUCUUCAGAGGGCACCUCUCAUACCUCGCGACGGGCUGGGUCAGUUUUCCUCCUCACAGCCUCACCUCAAGAUUCUCGACACCUGCAGAUCUGCGUACACCAAUUAUCAGGUGUCUCUAGCAAGAGUUGGAGAAGAUAAGUUCUCUCGCCUUCUCCAGUCCACACACAACCUGACCACCAUCCUCAUGGAGGUAGCUCUGGCUGCUGAUGUCAGCAAACAUGUGGAAGAGCUGAUGAGCUAUUUCACCAUCACCUUCACAGUGGAUCCGUCUGGGGCUCUGCUCUGUGUGCAGCAACUGCUGAAUGCCUUGUUUGGGAUGAAUGCAGCAGCCCAGCACACCCCCAUACACUCCCCUUACCUCUCCUCUCUCCCUUUUGAGCUUCACUCGCUGCAGAGAGCCUCGCCACUCUCUCCUUCCCCCCACCCCCUUGUCGAUGCCACGUUGUCACAGCCUUUGGCUGUCAUGGAGCAUUGGUUGGAUGGCCCUCCCCCACACCCUCACCACUCACCGUCCUCCCACAAGUCUCCCUCUCUCCCUAGGAAGCAGCCCAUGUUGUCGGGUCGAAGAGCUCUGGUUGUGAAGCCAGUCAAUCCAGUCUCUUCAGUGAAGGACUACAUAGCACACUUUGAGCCUCUGGUUGUAAGUGUCGUGAAGAGGUUUCCCCACACAUCGUCUCUCCUCUUGCAACAGCGAACUCUCUUCCUCCUUGUUCAGCUGCUCCAGCUCAAGGUUCGGUAUGAGCUGCUGGACUGCAACCACACAUUUCUGGACUCAGUUUUAAAGUUGGUGGGACUGAUGGAGUCUGGUGUAGUGAGGGAUGGAGAAGAUCUGGUCCCAUUCCUGUUCCAAUUCCUGGUCCUCCUUGCAUAUGACAACUCCCAGCUGGUCUCUAUUCCAGAGGUGAUGCAGAGGUGUGAUGGUGUCAUGGCCUCUGGACACUCAGUCGACACAUUUGCUAUUCCAGCCCUCCAGCCACUGGUUUUAAACCUGUUUGUCCGGCCUGGAAAGGAAGGUUCUGAGCUGGAGACUCAGAGAGAAGUGGUCCUGAGCAUGCUGCUGCGGGUCAUUGACCACUCGCGAGUGAUGUCCCUCCUGACACAUGUUUUGGACUGCUUCAGUCGCUCUUCCCAGCAUUGGCACAGAGUCUCAGGCCAGAUCCUUGCCUCUCUCCUCAAUGCUGUUGCUAGACUCUCUCUCGUUCUGGACUCUGCUGAGUCCAUGGCAACUCUCUACCACCUGUUUUCUGCCAUGGAUCCUUCAGCUCUCUCUGUGAAGGCUUUGUUUGUGUCAAUGCUAAAGCAGCCAGUGCUGGAAGGACCACGGCAGCUGUGUCGCUGGCUGGCUGUCCUCAACACAGCUCUCACUCUCAUGAGAAGCCUCUUCCCAGAGUCAACUCUGUACUCUGAACUGAGUUCUAUUACACUGACGGUGCCUGCCGUGAAGAGUGAGGAAGUUGACGUCCAUGGAGACACUCCACAUCUCCAUGACGAUGAGGCUCCAUCCACCAGACUGGCGUGGUUCCUGCUCAGUGUCAUGAGAGUGACAGUUGAGACUCAGUUGCAGCUAAAGUGUCUGUCUGGCCCUCAUCCCCAGCCUUUACUGCCGCAUCUGCUUGGUCGCUAUCUCCUCCUUCUCUCCUCUCUCCUGUCUGGGGAAUAUGAAAACCUGAGAAUGGCCCUGACGUCUGUGUCUUUCCCACUCUCCCUAACUUCAGCCUUCCUCUCCCUCACCCCUUCCUACCCUCUCCUCACCCUCCAUUACUACCAUCUUUCCCUCCUCACUGGAGGACGCAGUUUGGUCUUCUCAGCUCUCCAGGUGUGCAGUGCGUCUCAGGCUCCCAGCCAUCGUCUUCUCUACCACUGUCUCCUGCCACUGCUGUCUUGCUCUGGCACCUCUCUCAUGGACACUGUUCCAACCACACUCAUCGACAGAGACAGGACCACUGAAAAGGAUACACUAAUAGAGCAGCUGAUGAACUCUGACUUCUCCAACCCUGUUGCCUGUAUGCAUGCGCUGCAGUUGGCGAGGGACGAAGGCUCAGUGCGGGUCCUCCCGUUGCUUUGUCGUCGCCUCGUCACUCAUCCCUUCUCUUCCAUCAGCUCACCAGCAGCCUCUCUGGCUGGUAGGAUCAUGGCCGAUAAGAAGGUCAGCAGUGACUUAGCUCGAGAGUUGCUGCCAUUUCUGAGUGGUGCUGGCAACAGGUAUCCAGAGUUGCUGAGUACAACACAGAGGUUGGCAGAUGUUCCUUCACCGGCUCCUCCCCAAAGCAGUUCCUCUCACCCUCUCCAGUUCACCUCGCAAGUGCAGGCCGUAACCAGACUGUGGUUCCUGGCUGAGGUGCAUGAUCUCUGUCGUAACAGCUGCUCCGACUGGCUGUGUGGCAGGGUUCUCGCCAGACUCUCGCUCUCUGAGCUCUCUGAUCUCCUCCAAAAUCCUGAUAUCCCAAAGGGAUUACUGGAGGCUUGUGUGUCCCAUGGACUGGAAGUCUCCCUCUCUUCUUCCUCCCAAACUCCUCACCCUCUGCUACAGGCCUCCUCUGCCAGACUUCUGGACCAGUUGGUUCAAAGUCAAGGUCCAGGUGAUCCCAGUCUCCUCCCUCCUCUUCUCUGGCUUCUGCUGGCACAGGAAGUACUGUCAUUACCUCCUCUGAACGAAGCAGCCGUCAGCUCCGUGCUGGCUGCCAUUACUGGAGGCUUGCAGCAGAGAGACUCCACACUGUUGCUGCAGACAUCAAUGGACUGUUUAUCUCUGGCCCUCUCUCUCCGAGAAAUUCAGAGUGGUAUUGAUGAUGCUUGGCUAGCAACAACUGUGCCUCUUGUGGUUGCUCUUGCAAAAGGCUCUACUGCGGAGGCCGGCAAGGCUGAUGGGUCCUCCUCACAGCAGCUCCACUCUGCACUGACCCACAGUCCUACCCACAGUCUGAGUCCUUCCCUGAGGCUGCACACUGGCACAGCUCUUCUCUCCCUUGCCCGCCUCCCGUCCCUGCACGCCACCUGCCUCAUCCCUCCUCUCCUCCUUUCUCCAGGCAGCCAGUCACCUUCGGAGCAAGUCUUGGACCAGGCUCUUCUGGAGGGAGAGGUCCUGCAGCAGUAUAUGGCCCGUAGCAACACUGUUGGUUGGCUGGAUCGGGCCCAGUUUGAAGAGAGAUGGAUGCAGCUGCUUGGAGUUGUCAACCAGCCUCCCCCUGCAGAGGUACUUUGUAGGUAUCUUGGACAGUGAAUAUCCACUGACGUCAGUUUCUUGUAUAAUGCGUGAGCUAAUUCAUGAUGGUAAUAGGGAAUGCCAGUGGAGGAGAUGUAUGCGCACACACUCAACAUGUGUAUUGGUCUGGUGGGUGUGGUCUCCCUCCUGCUGGCCACCAGUCUCUGCCCACAGCCUGGCAAUCCUGUGUUUGGUGUUCCUCUGCACACUCACCGCAACAGAGACAUUCUGUUUCUCGGAACAAAGCCGGGAAGGCGUUUGAGGAAAGUGCGCUCAGUGGUUGAAACCCAGCUCCUCUUGCAAUGUGGGGCUAGACCAGACAUCUACAGCCACUACCAGUGCCCCCUCCUCUCCCACCUCUCCCUCCCUCUCUUCACCCGCAAUGUUGAGCGUGGACCUGGGGGAACUGAGCUGGGACCUGCACAGCUGUCUCUCAAGAGCCUGUGGCCAGUCACUUUGGCCAACCCCACCAGUCCAGCCCGUCACUCACCAGAUGGGGUGGAUGUGAGGUCGUGUGUGCUGUCUCUGGUGGACCUGUUUUCCCACUGGCUGGGCCAGCCCCUCCACCCUCUCCUCCUCCUCCACACACUCAGAGCCAUACUUAUGCUCUCUGAUCUCUUCUCCCUGCCUUCCCAGUUUCAGUGGAUGCUGGAAUUGGCGUGUGACUUGAGUGACAAGCAACCACCAGAGGAUGUGGCUUUGCACGCAAUACUCAUGCAAUGUAUACUGAAGGCAGGGGCUGUUUUGAAAGUGGAUGCUGUUCAGUUGGAGAGAAUAGUGAGGAGUACUGAAAGAGCUCUGUCAUCAGACUCUCUGGAAGUCCAGGAUGGGUGUCUUUGUGGACUGCUGUAUGUUGUGGAGGAUCCUGGCAGCCAGCUUGCUGCUCACCUUGCCGCUCCACUGGCCAAGUACCUGCCUCCCCAGCUGGAGUCAUUUCACAGGCUAUCUGAGCAACACUGCACUUUGUGCUGGAGUCUGGCUGUGUCUUUGGCUCUGCACCACUCACACCUCCUUAAGGAUGCAGAAUUUCCCGGGCAACUGCUGGAGAAGGCAAUUCCUCUUUUUUUGCACCCACACACAUCACCACUUCUCUUCCACUCACUGUGCUUUGGGCUGGAGCUCCUGGUUCUCAACUUCACUCUUUCUAAUGAGCAGAGGUCAAAAGUCACUAAUGUCACUGCUGGCAGGUGUGCAAAGUGUGAAUUGGACAAAGUUUUGCCAGCACUUGGUUUGUUGCUGUCAUGCAUGUAUUCAGGAGAGCAGGGGAACUAUGUCAAUGAAGAUGAGGAGACUGAAGCUGCAGUUGAGAUGUCAGUUCUAACGAGAGAGUAUGUGGGGAUACUGGUGGAGCAUCUGCGACAUAGUCCAUUGGAAGGAGUCAGAUUCCUGGUGGGUGUAGUUCCAGUUGUGAUGGUGGACUUCUUGCCGCCAGUCCAGGUCCUUCAGAUGGUAGUCACUGAGUUUGUGAGUCCCCACCAGCCACGACCUUCACUGGCCGCCAUCGUCAUGGGAGAGGUAAGCUCCAGGUCAUAGUAUUAUGCAGGUGUUACAUUUUGUUCUGCAAAGACCUUCUCUUUGGUGUUGGGGAAGAACAUGGGAGACACACUGACUGAUUGUGGUCCUACUGUCUCUGGACAGUUUCGUUCAACAGUAGGUGCUCAAGUGAAGUAUUAUGUUGUGACAGUGUCAAGAUUACACAGGGAGCCAGAGAAAAAGGCAGUUUGGUGUUUAGUGUGUUGUUAGCUGCAGCCUCUUCAUCCUCCAUCCUUCGAGCUAUGCUUGAAGUUGUUGCUGAUCAACCAAACAUGUGUCUUCACAUAUGCAAAUUCUCCUUGGCAACAACAUCAUUCUAUUUCUGCUCAAACCCAAGCAAGUUGCCUCUCCUCUGCCUUAUUAUUAUUUUCCAAUCUAUUAGGUGUCAAACCCAGCAGCAAAAGGUGUUUAUAGACAAGUUUUUGUCGUCCAAUUAUCCGACACUCAAUGCGUAGUAGCGCAUGCUUGCCUUCAUUCCAUAUAGCAAAUAGCUUAACUUGUACGUCGUAAUAAUGUGUAAUUUGUACCAAAGACAUUGACUAUUUGUUCGAGAUUGGAAUAGCAAAACUCUCUAAACACUAUUUUUGCAAUUUCCUUUUUUACCAACAAGGGUUUGAACAGUUU